ACGCUCUCCCCACAACUUUAUAGACUCGUGGAAGCAGAGUGUAGACUGACUGACGGCAAAUGGCAACGGCCUUUGUUAUCCUGAGGAGCCCUGCAAAUCCAUGGCCUUCCAGUUCGAGCAACAGACUCAAACAACAGAAAACAUCUUCUCAGGUGGUCGGCGGCUGCUGCACCCUCACUUUCACCUCCUCAAUUGCCUGCCGUGCUUGGCGGAAUAAGCAGUCCCUUUCCUCCUCUCCCACACACAAAAACCGCACCUUCUCGCCAUCAGCGUCUCUUUCUCCUUCUUCUUCUUCUCCCUCCACCUCCACCAAGCUCUACGUCAGCGGGCUUUCGUUUCGUACCACUGAAGAGAGCUUACGAAAUGCUUUCCAAAAUUUUGGACAACUUGUAGAAGUCAAUUUGGUGAUGGAUAGAAUUGCAAAUAGGCCAAGAGGCUUUGCUUUUCUCCGCUAUGAAACUGAAGAGCAAUCUCAAAAGGCUAUCGAGGGAAUGCACGGAAAGUUUUUGGAUGGGAGGGUGAUAUUUGUUGAAGUUGCAAAGCCGAGAUCAGAGCUUCGUCAAGGCCCCAAACAAAACCCAAGACGGUAUUGAAAUGUCGGCCGUAGCCAUUGAUUGUUGUUUACACAAAAGUCAUCCAUGCGUUCACUCGGAGACUGUCUAGUAUCCACUUAAUUAGAAUUCUCAUUUUUGUGUGCUCUGUUUCUCUCUGUCUGCAAUUGUGACGAUGCGUUAAAGGGUAGCGAUUUUCAGUCCCCUUUUUGUCAAGGCAAGAAAGAAUUGAAAUGAUUACGUACUGGCGACGCGACCAAGAAAAUUGUCAAAUGAAACGAAUGCGUAUGCAAUUGAAGCCUAA